GUCAUCUUUUGUUGAUAACAUGGAAGAGUUUAACAUCACCGUGAAAGAACUAUUAGAGAAAAUUCUGCAUAGCCAAAGUAAUGAGCUUUUGAGUGAAUUUAUCGAGAGACUGUUUGAUAAAGUUGAGUCCCCUGAGCAACACACUAAAAUUCAGGAUUCCAAGGUUGAGGAAUAUGUUCUUCAGUUGUGGAACUGGGCUGUAACCAGAAAUGUUGGUUCAGCCAUCAAUGAGCAACAAAGAGCCAAAGUGCGUCACAUAGCUUGCCGACUCCUAUAUUUAUGUCAACCUGAGAACCCAUCAGAGAAUACAAUUCGCAAGCAGAUUUUGAUGGCUAUUAAGACUGGAAGAACAUGGCUUGACUGUAAAAAUCCCAAGCUUGCUGAUGUGUUUUUUAGUCAGGCUACAACUAGCCUCAAGACCCUUUACUGCAGGAGGGUAUCCCAAAAAGAUGAAAUCGAUGAUAACAACCUACCAAAAGGAGAUGCUGAGAAGGACCUGCUGCGCGUUCUUUCUUAUAAAGCCGAAUCAGCACUUGCUCAAGAGAAUCAACAAGAGGCUGUUUACUGUGUAGACGAAUGUAAAAAGAUUGUCCUAAGACUUCCCAAUGAGAUUGGAUAUCUGGCUCUAAUUUGCUAUAAAUUUGGGGUGAAUACAUAUAAUCAAAAGAAGCUUGAUGACAGUUCAUUUUGGCUCAGUCAAAGUUACGAUAUAGGGAAGAUGAAUCCAACAUACUGUCCAGGGCCAGAAAUUCAAGCCAAAGUCUUAAGACUUCUUGCUAAAGUUUAUUUGGAGUUAGACAUUCAGAAGUACCAGGAUAAAGCUCUGCAUGCUGUGACCCUGGCCAACAAGGAAUACUUACAACCAGCAGGCAUUUAUUUGAAGAUCCAUAUUUUGCUUAAGUGUGGAACAUCAGAUGAAGCUGUUAAAACUAGUCUAAAAGAGUUACUUGACUCCGAGGUUCAGCUUCAGGUGUGUCUUAGCACAGUAAAACUGCUGAUAGCAGAAGAUAGAGAGAUAUUGGCCUUUGAUUUUCUGAAGACGGUUUGCCAGCAUUUUGAAUCAUCUCCUGAAGUGGGCACUGCACUUUUGUUGCAUAUUGAGCUGCUGCUGAUAAGAGGAAAAGAACUGCUGGCCAAGCAGAAAAUUGAGGAUGCCAUCACAGGUCAUUACAAAGGAAGGCAGUUAUUACCACAAAAUCUCACCUCUCUUCACCUCCUUCUGUGGGAUAGAGCUGCUAAAAAUAUUGAGGCCAAAAACUAUUAUGAGGCUGUGCAGUGGUACAACUAUUCAUUAAGCUUUUAUAAGGCGGGUGAGCUUGAUCAGAACCUUUCCAAGCUGCAGAGAAAUCGAGCUUCCUGUUUUCUUUAUUUGCAGCAACUAGACAAGGCCAAGGAAGCUAUUUCAGAUCCACUUAAGUGUGAUCCAAACAACAUCUUUGCACAUUUUAUUAUAUACAAGAUAGCAGUUCUGGAGAACAAUACAGAGAAGGCUGCUGAAGCUAUAGGAGAACUUUGUCUACUAGCUCAGAUGCCUGUGGCCAUUGAGGAUAGGGUUCUUGUCACUGAGAAUGCAGCAGGGAACCUUCUCAGCCUGGCUGCUCAAAUUGCUUUGGAUAAUAAACAGCAGGACACAGCCAUGAAGGCCCUGCAAUGUUUUUGUGAAGUCUCACAUGAUGUAGUCCAGGUUCUUACUGCUCUCAGAUGUUUAGUUCAACUUGUGCUGUCAACAAUGGAGAAUGCAUAUGAAGAAAACAGGGAUGUCUGUCUAGAUGCACUUUUGCUAUACCUUAAGAUGGCAUUGAAAAAUGUGUCCGAACUCAGAAAUGCAUCAGGUCAAGGAGAGUUUUUUCGCUCCGAUGAGGCCAGCUGGUUCAGAAGGAUAGCAUGGAAUACAGCCUUGCAGUGUGGGAGCAGCUCUGUUCGAAUGAGGGAUUUCUUUCUUCUGUGCUACCAGCUGUCAGAGCUUUGUGUUCAAGAUUGCGGUGUGUUGAUGGGCCAGAAGACAUGUUUGCUGAUGAUUGCUGCUGCCUGUCUGGACAUCUGCUGCAUGACACCCCAGAUUGAACAACAGACUGAGAUCCUGACCCAAGCUUUAGAGCACAUUCAGAUUUGCUGGGAGGUAUGGAGGGUUUUAAAAGCUACAGGUGACUGUGCCAAAGACCCGACUCAGACUUUAUUACUUCUGUACGAGUUUGAGGCACGAGCCAAGUUAAAUGAUCCCAAGCUUGAGACUGUGUUUAUGUCAAUCCUGGAGCUUCAUAAUGUUGAUACAAAAAUUUUGGAGACAGUUGCAACUUUAGCAAUGAAACCACCAGCCUACUUUCCUGUGGUAUGUAAGAAGGCUCUAACAAUUGCCCUCUCUUUAUACAAGCAAGGCCCACAGGCAAAUCUGGAACGCUGCAUUUACUGCUUGCACACUUUAAUCCAGCUGUCGCUGCCCAGCGGUGUGUGUGAAGUGGAGGCUCAUAUAUUAGAGGAAGUGUGGGGUUACUAUGAGGAGGGUCUGUCCAUCAUUUCAGCUGCAGAAGACGAUUUCCCUGAAGUGGAGAUCUUAUGGCUGUUGACUCGAGCAUGGAACACAGGAAUUUUGCUUUACAGUCUGUCUCAGUUUGCUGAGGCUGAGAAGUGGUGUGGUUUAGGGAUAAGCUUCCUGCAGCACCUGGGUUCUAUGCAGGACAUCUAUCAGACUCAGAUGUCUGGUCUGUAUAGUGAGGUUCUGGACAGACUGGACAAGGCCAAGAAGAACUUCACAAUGGAAGAGUGAUAACCAUUUUAAAACAGGUUUUUGUAAUGAGUUAAAGGUGCAGACCAUUCUGUUGCAUUGUAUAAUCAUAAUCAAAAAUAUCCUUGUCAGAGUGUGAAACUGCCACAUUAAUUGUAACACUGUAGAUUGUUAUGCAACAUUCUGUAUAUCCUAUACAACAUAUCUUUUACACUAUCCCAUUGUAAAAUACUCUCUUGUUUGAAACAAACUCUUGUUUGAUGGGGAAUGGAAAAAGCUUGUGUUCAAAUCUCAACAGAACCACAGUUUUUAUUAGUUCCAAACAAAUAAACUUUGUGUCCAGUCCAAAAAAAGAAAAAAAAAAGAAGAAAAAGGGAAUAAAUAAACAAACAAAAUAUUGUAGAACUCAUCACCUUAGGUUCCCACCUGUCCAGGAGAGAUUUGUUUUCAUGUGUGUCAUGAUCGUUUUUACCAUUUCUGAA